CCCGUUGCCUGCGUGGAGGAGUAGAGCGCUUGUCGCGGCGGGCGGCGCCGCUGUGCGGGAGGGGACGGCGGCGGCGGCGGCGGCGGGGUGGGAGACGGAGGAGGGCGGCGGGGAAGCGGCAUGGGCGCCUGACGCCCGUCCCGUCCCGCCGCCGAGGGACGAUGGCGCGGCCCCGCGGCGGGCGGUGGCUGCUGGGCGUCCUCCUCGCCCUGUGCCGCUUGGCCGCGCCGCUCGCCAAGAGCCUGGAACCGGUCUCCUGGAGCUCCGGUAACCCCAAGUUCGUGACUGGGAAGGGGCUGGUCAUCUACCCGGAGAUUGGGGAUAAACUGGACAUUAUCUGCCCCAAGGCGGAGCCGUCCAAGCCUUACGAGUACUACAAGCUGUACCUGGUGAAGAAGGACCAGGCAGAUGCCUGCAGCACCGUCAUGGACCCCAACGUGCUGGUGACGUGCAACCGGCCCGAGCAGGAGAUCCGCUUCACCAUCAAGUUUCAGGAGUUCAGCCCUAACUACAUGGGCCUGGAAUUCAAGCGGCAGCAGGAUUACUUCAUCACAUCCACUUCCAAUGGGACACUGGAUGGCCUGGAGAACCGGGAAGGAGGGGUCUGCCAGACGCGCUCCAUGAAGAUUGUCAUGAAAGUGGGGCAGGAUCCGAACGCAGUGAUCCCAGAGCAGCUGACGACAAGUCGGCCGAGCAAGGAGUCCGACAACACCGUGAAGAUCGUCACGCAGAGCCCGCGCAGCAAGAUCCCUGCAGUGGAGGAGCCCGGCAAGCCGGGCUCCGUCAACCAGGACGGCCAGGAGACCCAAGGUCCCAGCGAUGGCUUCUUGAGCUCCAAGGUGGCCGUCUUUGCGGCGAUCGGCGCUGGCUGCGUCAUCUUCAUCCUCAUCAUCAUCUUCCUUGUCGUCCUCCUGAUCAAGAUCCGCAAGCGGCACCGGAAGCACACGCAGCAGCGAGCCGCAGCCUUGUCCCUCAGCACCUUGGCCAGCCCGAAAUGCAGCGGGAAUGCGGGCUCCGAGCCCAGCGACAUCAUCAUCCCCUUACGGACUACAGAGAACAACUACUGCCCGCACUACGAGAAGGUGAGCGGGGACUACGGGCACCCCGUCUACAUUGUCCAGGAGAUGCCCCCCCAGAGCCCAGCCAACAUUUACUACAAGGUGUGAGGAACAGCCUGGGCAAGCCGCCGAUGCAGGAGCACGGGAGCGCCGAGCGCAGGGGGCAGCCGCCCCCCGGGUCUCCCCACGGGCGGUCUGGCGCCAGGAGGGAGGAAGCGAAACGAACCCCACGGCACGGCGCGGGGAGCGCCAGGGUCCGGCGCUGGAGAGCGGAUGGCUCGCUCGCACACUCGCGCGCUGAAUUCUCCCCUUUGUAUUUAGUUUUGUAGUUCUCAGCUUUUGUAAUCCCGAGACUCGAGGGUGAGCCUUCAGCAUCCUCCUCUUCUUCUCCAGGACUGCAGCCGGCCAGGGGCGGGUGCCGUGCCUUUCCGUGCUCGCUCGGACACCGCGGGCAAACACAGAGACUCCACCUCCCCUUUUUCGUUUUGGGAUUUCCCUGCGUCACCCCUCUACGUCCUUGUGUGAAGUGCCCGUGCGCCUGGCGCCGCAUCGGCCACUGCUCGGGUCCCGGAGCCUGGACCGACACCGGGGCCGCGGCGAGGAGCCUCGGUCUGAGGAGGAGUGAGCAGCCGCGUGGGGAGGAGGAGGAUGCUUUGCCUAGGUGCCAAGAUGCAGACAACUGUGCAGGGAGGAAGCUGGCAAACCCGAUUUACUACUACUACUAUUAUUAUUAUUAUAAUUAUUUUAAUUUUUUUGUAACAUUUUUAUUUUUGUGAAUUCCGGGCGGGAUUCCGGCCCCGCCGCCUUCGGGCACACGCCGUCGCCUCCUUCCAGCACGCCGUCCCGCCGGCCGCGGGGCAGACCCCGCUGCUCCCACCGCUGCCCUUUUAAACUUUUGUGUUCAUAGCUGUUGACUCUUGUUUUAGUCUCUUUAUAAAAAGAAAGAAAAAAAAAAAAAAAAACCCAAAAAAAUCUAUACCAUGUCUCAAGCAUUCAGUGCGCGAGAGUCCGGGUGCUCCUCCUGCUCCAUGCGGAGCAGCAGCCUUGGCCUGGCAGCUCUUCCCAACACCCUGAGGGUGUCCCGCUGCAGAGAAAAGCCUUUGAUGAGGGUUUCCAUCGGGCUGGGGCAGAGCCUGCUGGAAGCAAAGCGGGGGGCAGCAGGAGGGCAGGGGGUAGCUGCAGCCCCUGGUCCCGUCCCACGAACGGUGAUGCUGUGGGUGGCUGUUCUUGGAAAGGAAAACUGGAAAACAAAUGUUCCUGACCCACAGCUGGUGCUGGGGAGGCUGGGGGUGCCAGGAGGACGCUGGUGCUUGGCGCUGGGAGCCCCAUGGAGGUAUAACUCGGGUGGCUGUAGCACCAGGCUUGGCUUGCUGGGAGCUGAGCUGAAGGCUUCUCCUGCAGCCUGGUUUACCAGGAGAACCCGGUGCCCCUCUGCGGGACCUGCCUUUGGGGACAGGACCCUGCAACACCAGCCCCUGACCGCCAUGUUUCCCGCACAGGAGCGUCUCCAGCCCUUGCUCGCUCUGCCCUUGCCUUGUCCCUCUCUUGUCCAGAACUGGAAGAGUUGAGCCUUGGGCUCUUCUGGUGGAAUCAUUCCCAGCUUCAUCUUCCCAGGAGGACCUGCCAGCACUGUGGCUGAUGCUGGCGAGUAACACGGGGCUGGUGGUGCGCAGCCACCCGCCUGUCCUCAGCCUGUCCCAGCCUGGGGGCUGGCAGCCACCCCCUUCUCCUUCCUCGCUUUCUUUUCCUUUCAGAAGUAGCUGCUUUUGCUCAGGGAGCGAGCGUGGGGCAGGCGGUGCUGCUCCCAGGGCAGCGGGCUUGUGGUGGCACAGGGCCUGGUUUGUCCUCGCCUGUCCCCAGGGCCCCAAAACCCGCGUUAGGAAGUGCCCAUAGAGCGAGAGAGCUGCUCUGCAAAAGUGCCUUGACGAGGAGCGGGCAGGGGUGGCAGGAGGGGCAGAGCAGCGGAUGGGAAACCCUGCGGCUCGAUGCUGUGCUGGGGGUUUGGCUGUGGUCCUGAGUGGGACUGGAGCAUCCCGUGGUGUUGUGUUGUUGGUUGUUCUUCUUUUAAAGGCAGGAGGUUGGGCUGGAGCAGAGCAGGCUGCCCCUGCUCUCCUCCUGCCCUCGGCAUCCCGAGGCGAGGGUGGCUUCCAGGGCCCUGAAAUGGCUACUGCCCCUGGGAGAGAAGAGCCAUAGCGGGUGCUCCCCCCUGCCUGGCCCUUCUCCCUGGUUCCUCCAUGUAGCACCUUUUAGCCCCUCUCCCCUAUUGCAUCCGUGCCAGCACUGCCUGCCCUGGGCUGCGGCUGAAGGGCUGGAGCCACCCCAGCUGAGACCCCCAUUCCCUGCUGGAAUGGGGUGUGCUCUCAGAAAUCACAGCAAAUUGUGUCUUAAAAAAAAAUCCCCCUUUCCCUCACUGGUGCCCUUUUCCAUCUGCUGCGUGGUGACCUGUGGUUCCUGAUGUGGGCAGAGCCCAGUUUGGGCAGUGGUGGAUCAACAGGGAGCAGUGGCUGGUGUGGAGGAGGCAUUUGGGGGAUGAUUUAGUUUUGGUUCGUUUUUGGAGGAGAAGGGAAUGAGUCUGGCCACAGGUUGUGCCAAAAGCAAAGUGACGGUGCCGGGUGGCUUCCCGCAGUGGCUCUUACCCGGUGUGGUGGCUGUCCCCAGCGGGCUGCAGCUCAGCAGCCCCAUCACCUCCAUUCCUGUUGCUGGGGGCAGCUGAGAAACCUUGUAAAUAUGUGAAGAAAGGGUGAAAUCUGAACUGAAAUCUGAACUCCUGGUUUUUGCUGAGCACCUCGGUCUGCUGGGUCCUGAAACAGAGUGUGUCCCUUCAGUUCUUUUCAUUGAAAGUGUUGAAGUUUGGUUGGUUUUUUUUUUUUUUUUUUUUUUUUUUUUUUUUUGUUUUGUUUGUGUAAAUACUAGUCUUUUUUGGAAGAAAUAAUGUAAAGAUGUUUUGUAUAAACUCUGAAUUAUUUUCUGGUUGCUUUUUCUUAGAAAAAAAAAACAAAUGAGAACUAAAAAAAAAAAGAGAAAAAAAAAAAAGAAACGAGAAAAAGUAAUUUUAACCACGAGAACGGGUGUAAAACAUUGUCAUACUGCGCUCAGCCCCGAGCUGCCCGCGGGCUGUGCUGGUGUGCGGGUGCUUGGUCCCCCCCGGAUAUAGUGCGGGAUGGCCGGGCCCCAAGCAGAGAGCGCGGCUGCUCCUGCCCUGGCUGCUGGCACAGCCCCGGCACCCACGGCAGGGUCAGACCUGCCUCAUCCCCAGCUUGUUUCUGGCUGUCCUGGGUCCUGGCAGAGCUGCAGCCCCGGGCAGGAGACUUGGCAACACAAGGUGAACUAAAGGAGCACCAAAUUUAUCUCAUUUGUUGUCUUAAACCAAAAAAACCCGAACCUCAGGAUGUGUAACUCAGUGCAGCAUCCUGAGAUCUUGAUCUGCUGUUCCAUAACUGUGGAGCUGCUCUUGUUGCAGAUCCUUUUCCCCAACUAUCCCUGUUUUCCAGUUGCCAGCUGCAAGCGCACCAUAGCCCAAUCUCUGCUUGGUGCCUGGGCUGGGGUGGCUUGUUCCUCUUCAGCAGAGCCCAUGUUUUGUACGGGACAAUGCCAAGGGUCCCUGCGCAUGGGGAGGUGGCUGUGCCCAUUAAAGUCAUCUCUGGUGUCACCGGCAUGCUGGUGGCAGCCAGAAGGCAGCAGGGAGCUCCUGUAGUUCCACUUCCUCACUGGAAUGCCUGUGAAUCUGCAUUAUAGGAGGGUGAGGGGGGGUUGGGGUGCUGGAGCAGGGUUGGUCCCUCCUGUCCUUCCGUCGUCCCUCCCGGCUGCACCGCACACCAGCACACCCGCCCCGCGCACUCCCACAUUUCAGAGCUGUGACUACAUCUACAUCUCCAUGGCGUCGCAUCCGCACCCUCACUGUGGUCCUGCAUCCCGAUGGGGCAAAGUCCCAGCGUUCCUGGGCAACCCUGUGAUCAACCAGCCGCGGGGCUGCUGCCUUUGCCAUGGUGCCGGCACCGCUGGAGCAUCCAGGCUGACACAUUUCCCCUGUCCAUCCUCCGCUGCCAUUAGUCAAGAGGUGGAUUUGGACUUGGAGCUCAGGUGUGGCCGGUCCCACUGCUGGUGCAGGGCACACGGGACUGGGGCUUUGGCCCAGGGCUGGGAAUGCCGCUGGUGAGCAGCAGGAGCGGUUUGGGUACCACAUGGCUUGGCAGUGCAGGGGGACGCCAGGGCUUUGGCUAUGUGGCCAUGGCCCAGAGGAGAUGAGGACCCUCUGUGCCAGGACCUCCUUGAGGGGUGGCCGGUCCCUGGGCUGCUGCAGGGGCCGUGUCACAGAGCAGGGCUCGGCAAUCCCGCGCUGGUUGAUCGUCCUUGGCUCCCGGUGGGUCCCAUCGGCUGCGCUCCCCGGCACCGCAGAGUUUUCUUUCUUCGUGUCAUGUUCCUCUUUCUGAUUCCUUUUGCCUUCUCCCCAGCUCUCCCGCCCAGUAGCAUAUCAUCGGCAUCGGUAACCAGCUCUGUGGCAUCUGAACUCCAUGGAGCCAUGAUGGAACCUGAUAUAUUGUUAAAUAAAAGGGUUUUUUUCCUAUGGAAA